AUGACGCCCACGCCGCCCUCGACAAACUCCUCCACUGCUGCUAUCCAUGCAGAACACGCAAGAAAUGCGAUCGGAAACAUCCUUGCAGUAAUUGUACCAAGCGUGAAGGGAAUGACACAUCAUCAUAAUCGCAUUGACCGCUUGGAGAACCUGGUCCUCUCUCUCAUGCACACAGGUGGCAGCGAUCCAGCCUCAGCCGUCGCCGCAGCGCGGGGCCAGUCAAUAUCACAGACGACAACCGACAGCAAUGCAUCAGCCUUGAUGGAGCAGGAUGAUGGGACUAACGGUGGUGACGAUGAAAGCGAUGAUGAUGAUGGCUUGACUGCUUCCCUCGGCAUGCUCAAGGUCGAUGCUGACAAGGGCAAAUCAAUGUACAUUGGUCAUGAGCACUGGCACUCGAUUCUCGCCGAUAUAUCAGACGUCAAAAACUACUUUACGUUUCAUCGCAAGGAACUCGAAACCAGCUACGAACGCGUCAAAAACUCAAAGCCAGCCGCCGCCCGUGAAGGCCCUACUCUAUUGCUGGGUGCCCAGCCUGCUUCGGAAAUCGAGCUGCGCACUUCAUUACCACCCAAGACACACGUCCUUGCCCUUUGCAGUCGAUAUUUUAACUCGAUGGAUAACGCCGUCAGCGUCAUCCACGGACCUACGUUCCUGCAGCAAUUACGGACUCAUUGGCAAGAUCCCAAUAAAACGCCAAUCAUGUGGCUCGGUCUUUUAUAUUCCAUUCUCUCGCUGGCAAUGCUGAGUUACAACAAGGUCGGUGACGAGCCUCCUGAGUGGAGGAACAAGAGCAUGGCGUUUGCUGAUGAAUAUCGCCUACGCACUGUUCAAUGUCUCAUCAAGGGAGACUACACAAGGCCCGUCGAUCACACAGUAGAGACAUUGCUGUUGUAUGUCCUCGGAGAAUAUUCCUCACGCUGGGACGCUGAUCUAGGCUUGUGGCUUAUUGUUGGCAUGAUUGCUCGCAUUGCCAUCCGUCAGGGCUAUCACCGCGACGCGAAAUGGUUUCCUUCUCUCAGUCCGUUCCAGGCAGAAAUGCGUCGGCGCACAUGGGCCCUCAUUCGGAUGUCAGACAUUGUCUUUUCGCAUCAGGUGUCGCUGCCCAGCAUGAUUAACGAGCGAGACUGCGAUGCGCAACUGCCAAACAAUUUGUUUGACGAUGAUUUCCACCAGACCAUUAAGGAACUGCCGCCGUCCCGUCCACUAUCGGAGCCGACUCCGAUUUCUUACAUGAUUGCGAAAGCAAAGCUCUGCUUCGAGCUCGGUAACAUUCUGCAGGCGACAAAUCGCCUUGGCAAGGGAAUGCCUUACGAUGAGAUUCUACGAUUCGACGCCAAGCUAAGACAGGUCAUGCAGGAUCUGCCACCUCACCUGAAGCUUACUUCCUUGGAAGGCUCUAACGAUCCAGUGACUCUGAUUGUUGCCCGGUUCAACGUCAACGUCCUUUACCAAAAGAUCAUGUGCCUACUCCACCGCCACUACAUGGUCAAGGCGAGACAAAACCCGCGAUAUGCUCAUUCACGCCGCGCCGCGAUCGAGGCAUCCGUAGAAGCCAUGGGCCAUCUCUCCACUUUACAUCGUGAAUCUCAGCCUGGCGGUAAGCUGCGUGCCGUCAGCUGGUACGUCAAGUCGAUCGCAACCAAGGAGUUUAUUCUCCCCGCCAUGCUGAUCAUCCUGGAUCUGCACUAUGACAACAUUGCCAUGCAGACGAACGCCAGCCAGGACGCCGAGGGAUCUUUUGUGUGGGAUAACGAGAAGCGUACCAACAUGGUCAGUUCCCUUCAGCAGGCGGGCACCAUCUGGUCGAGCCUCGCCGACACGUCCAUGGAAGCGUUCAAGGCAUCCAAGAUUCUCGAAAUCAUGAUGGACAAGAUCAAGACGCCGGUCAGCAGCAGCGAAAACACGCCCGAGUCGCGCAACGACUCGGUGUCUAUGGGCGUGCCGCCCUUCACCUUUGACAUGGACUCGCUGCCAUCUGAUCCGCAGUCUGUUCUUUCCUCAGCGGGUCUGGGUGACCUCAGCCCUGAGAACAACAACUUCUCAGGGUCGCUGAACGCCGUUCCGUUUGUCGGCAUGGACUUUGGCCUGCCGCCCGUUAACAUGGACAUGUCCAUGGAUGGAUUGAACCCGCUCAACGCCAAUGGCGGCCCGAUGUCGCCACUGAGCAUGUUUACGACGGUGGGCAAUGGCCUGGCCGCGGAUGGCGGCGCCGCCGACUUUGCCGCUAAUAUUGACUGGAAUACAUUCGAGAAUUAUGCGCAGAUGGCAAAUUGGGGCGCCGACCAGAGCUUCCAGAUUUACGCCGAGCAGCCGGACCAGACAGACGGUGUGAAUCCGGCCAAGAUCUAG